AUGGCAGAUGUUCAGAAAGCGAAUCUGAUACUCCCUACCAUCCCACAGAUAUUGAAGCAGAAAUCUAAGAAGAAGAAGAUUAGCAAAGUCACGGACAUGAAAGAUACCCAUGGAUUUGGAUCUGACCCUGACCUCGAAAAGAAGCUCACCUCCUCACUUAGUCGACUGCGUGACAAGGCAAAGGACGCUGGGCUCGUUGUCAACACAGGAACUCUUUGGAGGGAUAGCCUGUACAACCCUCCCUCUCGCAAGUUCAACACAGUACUGCAAGAAAAGCAGGUCCUGAAAGGGAGUUUGAAAUCUUUCUUGGAUUGGAAGAAGAACACCUACACGGAGAUUGAGCUCGAGAAGAUCAGGCAAGACCUUGCGGCAGAGAACGAAGUCCCAGAGGAGCUCAAAAUGAUAUCCGCAUCCUCCGUCUCCAGUCCGGAGGAUGUUGAGGCGCUCAAGCACAAGUUGGAGGCGAAAGUUUUGUCCCUGGUGAGGGAGUACAACGACUCGAAGGCUCUCCGGAUCAGUCGGGAGAAGAAGCUUGCAAAUUCUCACGCACAGUUGAAGCUCAAGGAGGGACAAGGCUCGGACCUUCAAGAACAUAGCAAGAUUCUAGAUGCUGGCAUCACGGACCUCAACAUGUCGAUCAGAAAAAUACAGGAUGCAACGAGAAAAGAGUGUCUGGAGAAGAAAUCUCUCGAGCACAUGAUCCAGAGGUUGAAAAACUUCAUCGAUGUGGACGAAAAAGACCUUGAAACGUUGAAGAAGACAGUCAAGUAUUUGAAAAUUUUGAGGAUGCUUGGCAAUCUGACAAGAAGGGGCAGGAACCACUCUCAAGACCUGCACAACCUGAGAGAAUCCUUCAAGCUCGAGAUUCCCAACAUGCAGAGAGACCUGCUCACCAACGAGCUGAAGCAGCAGCGGCUGCUGUUGGAGGCGGCAAGGGAGAACUAUGCCAGGGAGCUGGAGAAGAGAAGGCAAGAGGUUCGGCUUAACCACCUGCUGAAGGAGCAGAUGAACAAGUUCUACGACAAGUACGAGCGGCUUAAGGACGAGAUCGCCCGACUGUACGACCCCGAGGUCGAGACACCGAGGAGGCAGACGUUGAAGGACAAGCUCAAGACGUUUGACGAGACAAUCAAGACAAUGACAGUCAAGAUCGGCGAUACGUCGCUGGAGCGGAUCACUACCAUCUUCUCGAACCUCAAGGGGACGAAGAUGACGUGGGAGGAGGCCGUGAGGGACGCGGAGGCGAGGUGUGAGGAGUUGAGGAGAGAAAAGGAGGAGCUCAACGCUUGCAUCAUGAACAUCUUUGCCAACUCGGAGGACAAUGAAAAGAAUGUAAGCACGGAGAAGCUGAUCAAUGGGCUCCAAGACCAGCUGCUCAUCACCAGCGACAAAUGUCACUUCCUGCAUGACAGGCUCAUCCAUUACCAUGAACUCCUUGCCUCUGUCAGGACGGGGAUGCUGGCGAGCUUGAAGAAGAUGGACAGCUGCGGGGUAUCGCAGUCGCUUCAGCUACUUGGGGAUGAGAAGGAAGAGAGCGACCUGGUUGAAGAGAUGAACCUGCUCCUUGGAGUGUGGAGGAAUAGCAUCCGCAAGCUCCUCGAUAAGCUGAUCUUCCUCCCUUCCCUUCUGUUGCCGCUGAGCCUCUUCCUGUAUCGAGCGGGGCUGGCGAGGAGGGCGUGA